GGAGUCGACUCAAGUACCGCCCGAACGAUAGUGACUUGAUGUCGCACAGAGAGUCAUACAUACACGAUACAGUUGCGAUUCGUGAAGGCCAAGAUCUGAGACUUGUGUCGUGCAGGUUGGACGUGCCAAUGGAAUGCCGGCGGCGAGUCGAGUUCAACCGUCCAAUGAUGACGGCCCAGAGACGUCCAUGUGUGCUUGACUUCUCAAAAUGGCCCUCCCCAACGAAAAAGCCAAGCCGCUCUUUUUUAUAAUGCACCGCAACGCCGCAGCGAUGCCUCACGUCAGCGCCACAAUGACAUACUUGCCAUAUACCCCUCCAUGGGGCAGCCUCUUACCCAACAAACGGCGCUUGUUGUGGUCAUGGCCAGUAGGAACCGGCCAUAUCCUUCCCCGUAUUACGGACGGCAGUAAAUCAAAACCAAUCCCCGGUCCAUUCAAUUCGCGAGGCGUAAAUUUCGAGAUGUGCCUGGCCCCAAGACAGCAUUUCUUCUCUCAUAUGACUCUUCCCGCGCAACCAUCCCAUCUCCUCUCAUCGCAGGUGUCUAGAUAUCCUACACGCCACACAACACACGACACACAACACAUACACACCACCUCUGAAUGCUGGGAUGGUUGCAUCAUAAGGCGGAUCGAAAGUGGUAUGUGGUUGGCUCGAGACGCGGAGGUCGAAAACUACGGCGGUGAGUUGGGAAGGCAAAUUGAAAAAAAAAAAAAGGACAAAAAAACCCAACUCCCUCACUUUUUUGGCCCCAAACGCCCACGCCAUCAAACCGCAGUUAUGUUGCGCGGGCCUAUCUGUCAUUAACCUGCGGGAGGUUGGUAAUCAUCAUAACACAGUAGCGGCCCCCCCACGAUGCUAUUACAACAUGCAACCC